CCAAUAAUGUCUUAAGAGAGAAAAGAACAUCCGUUUCCUUUUUGUGGUUUCUUGAGAGACGUGUUUGGAUUUUGAAACCCAUGUUGGCUAUCCAGAAUAUGAAAUUUGGUAUCUUCCUUUUGUGGUGGGGAUGGGUUUUGGCCACUGAAAGCAGAGUGCACUGGCCAGGAAGAGAAGUGCACGAGAUGUCUAAGAAAGGCAGUCGGCCUCAAAGACAGAGACGGGAAGCACAUGAAGAUGUCCACAAGCAAGGCAGCCCAAUUCUGAAACGCAGCCCUGACAUCACCAAAUCGCCUCUGACAAAGUCAGAGCAGCUGCUGAGGAUAGAUGACCACGAUUUCAGCAUGAGGCCUGGCUUUGGAGGCCCAGCCAUUCCUGUUGGCGUGGAUGUGCAGGUGGAGAGCUUGGACAGUAUCUCAGAGGUCGACAUGGACUUUACAAUGACCCUCUACCUGAGGCACUACUGGAAGGAUGAGAGGCUGUCUUUUCCCAGCACCAAUAACCUCAGCAUGACAUUUGACGGCCGGCUGGUGAAGAAGAUCUGGGUCCCGGAUAUGUUUUUCGUGCACUCCAAGCGCUCCUUCAUCCACGAUACCACCACAGACAACGUCAUGCUGCGGGUCCAGCCGGAUGGCAAGGUGCUCUACAGCCUCAGGGUUACAGUGACUGCAAUGUGCAACAUGGACUUCAGCCGAUUUCCCCUGGACACACAAACGUGCUCGCUUGAAAUUGAAAGCUAUGCCUAUACAGAAGAUGACCUCAUGCUCUACUGGAAAAAGGGCAAUGACUCUUUAAAGACAGAUGAGCGGAUCUCACUCUCCCAGUUCCUCAUUCAAGAAUUCCACACCACCACUAAACUAGCCUUCUACAGCAGCACAGGCUGGUACAAUCGUCUAUACAUUAAUUUCACUUUGCGUCGUCACAUCUUCUUUUUCUUGCUCCAAACCUAUUUCCCUGCCACCCUGAUGGUCAUGCUGUCCUGGGUGUCCUUCUGGAUUGACCGUAGAGCGGUGCCUGCCAGAGUCCCCUUAGGCAUCACGACGGUGCUGACCAUGUCCACCAUCAUCACGGGUGUGAACGCCUCCAUGCCCCGCGUGUCCUACAUCAAGGCGGUGGACAUCUACCUCUGGGUCAGCUUUGUGUUCGUGUUUCUCUCGGUGCUGGAGUACGCAGCGGUCAACUACCUGACCACGGUGCAGGAGAGGAAGGAACGGAAAUUGAAGCUACGAGAGAAGCUCCCCUGCGCCUGUGGGUUACCGCAGUCGCGGGCUGUGAUGCUGGAUAGCAGCUACAGUGAUGGCGAAGUGAACGACCUGGGCAACUACAUGCAAGAGAAUGGAGAGAAGCCUGACAGGAUGAUGGUGCAGCUGACCCUGGCCUCAGAGAGGAGCUCUCCCCAGAGGAAAAGUCCAAGAAGCAGCUACGUGAGCAUGAAGAUCAACACCCAUGCUAUUGAUAAAUAUUCCAGGAUCAUUUUUCCAGCAGCAUAUAUUUUAUUCAAUUUAAUAUACUGGUCUAUUUUCUCAUAGAUGCCUGUAAUUCUAUAAAUUUCAAAAUUUUUUUUCAUGGUAUGUACUACAGAAAUACCUGUAUGAUGAAAAAGAUUUAAGAUUUUGGUUUUUUUUAAAAAUUCCCAGUACCAUCUUCACUAUCCCUUCUCCAGCUUUCCAAAAUUUCAUUGGCAAGACAGUUUUUGCAUUUAUUAAGCAUCUAUUGUAUACAAAGCAUCAUAUUAGGUGCUAUAGCAACUGAUGUUAUCUGUUACCCUGGUCUCCCUGAAAAGCACAGUACCAGUGUGGUGGACACUGUAGUUCAACCUCGUUUAGAUCCCAGAUGCUUGUUCACAUGAAUGCUUUCCUUGGAAUGAAUGUCAUUAUAUUCUUUGGGCUAGUUGGAAUUGGAAAACACUUACAG